GGCGGGAGGUGUCGCAGCGUUUUUAUACCGUUCAUCCUUUAACAAUGUCCACCUCCACCACAACCUACGAGACAAUCGUCAUUGGCGGCUCGUUUGCCGGUCUCUCCGCGGCCCUCCAGAUCGCCCGCUCCUGUCGUAAAGUUCUGGUCAUUGACAGCAGUGAAAACCGGAACCGCUUUGCACAACAUGCUCAUGGGUUCCUGGGUCACGACGGAAAAUCUCCCAGUGAUAUUUUAACAGAGUCCAAAGCGCAGUUGAGGCGAUACUCUGAUUGUACGAUUGUUGAGAAUGUGCGUGUUGUCUCCAUCCAAAACUUGACUGCAGAAAAGGGAGCCAGUCCCUCUUUCAACGUUGUUACAUCCGAUGAAAAAACCUUGCACACCCGCCGCAUUAUCCUCGCCACAGGCCUCAAGGACAACCUUCCUCCUGUUGAAGGCCUCCAAGAAUCCUGGGGCAAAUCCGUCUUUCAUUGCCCUUACUGCCACGGAUACGAAUUCCGCGGCAAGCCCUUGGGACUCCUCUAUACCACUCCUAUCCAGAGUCAUCAAGCUCGCUUGUUACCAGACCUUACAAAGGAUAUUAUCCUCUUUACGGGUGGUGCGAUCAAUGGUACCGAGUCCGUGUUCCCUGCUGUUCAAUUGAGCACUGAAGAGACGGCGUUGUGGGAGAAAUUGGGAAUAAAAUUGGAGCACACGCCAGUGAGCAAAUUCGUUCGGGAUUCAAAUGCCGAGUCCGAACUCUCCUACGUGGAAUUAUCGGAUGGUCGGAAAAUUGAGCGAAGGGGAGUAUUACUCCUCCCACCUUUGACCCUGUCUACACCCAAUCUCGUCGCUGAUCUCGGUUGCGAUGUGACACCGAGUCCGUUUGGUGUGGACUUGAUUAAAGUUGACCCGGCGACGCAAGUUACGUCGAUUCCGGGCGUUUACGCGGCUGGUGACUCUGUGAGGCCUAUGAAUGUGGCGGUGGCGGUCGCCGAUGGAUCCAUUGCGGGAAUCAUGUGCCAUCAGUCUUUGGUAGCCGAAGAUAUCAAGAAAAUCCAAUAGGUAGAAUUGCCAUCAUGCUGGACUACUAGCCAGACGAGAUGAUACUGGAUGCUCAGGUUAUGUAUAUACUUGUGACAGUAUUAUGAUAUGCCAGUCUAGUAGAUGAUUGUAGCGCCUUCGCGUACAUGUAUCAAUAUUGAAACCAACGAUUAGACUAGGACUUGCAUCAUUGAUGAGUGCUACCCGCUGCACGCGUCCAAAUCGCAAGGCAAACACGGACUGCUGAUCAAGAAGCAGAAUAUUCUACGGAAACCGUCAGUCAGGUUCCCGGAACAGCACGGUUUUAAAAUUCGGCGAUUUCGGGGCUUCUAUACUUGUACAGUAUCUUUGAGCUCAACUCCAAGCUUCACCGACGUGUCAACAAGCACAUGUAAAGCAAUACAGUUUGCAGAAAAUGAAAUGGUAUUCAAUAUGAGUUUGUUCUUGGGACACGCAAACGAUGAUGGUCCGCCGAUCAUAACUACAUUGUUGCGCGCCUUCCAAAUGGCGGCCGAGUAUAAAAUAUGUUAUCCAACA